CGGAGAGGCCCACCUGCAGCGACCCAACCCGACCCAACCCAACUCGCGCGAGCCCUGCGGUUUCGCCGGCGAAACGAGGCCGACCUAAACCCUCCGCCGCCGCCGCCGCCGUCGCCGGGGAAGAAGAGAGAUGGGGGUGGGGGGAAGCUUCUGGGACCUGCUCAAGCCGUACGCGCGGCACGAGGGCGCGGGGUACCUCCGCGGCCGCCGCGUCGCCGUCGACCUCUCCUUCUGGGUCGUCUCCCACAGCGCCGCCAUCCGGGCGCGCUCGCCGCACGCGCGCCUCCCCCAUCUCCGCACCCUCUUCUUCCGCACCCUCUCCCUCUUCUCCAAGAUGGGUGCUUUUCCUGUGUUCGUGGUGGACGGCCAGCCGUCGCCGCUCAAGUCGCAGGUGAGGGCCGCGCGAUUCUUCAGAGGAUCUGGAAUGGACCUCGCUGCGCUGCCGAGCACGGAGGCGGAGGCCAGUGCGGAUGCGCUGGUUCAACCGAGGAAUGCCAAGUUCACGCGAUACGUGGAGGAUUGCGUGGAACUGCUUGAAUAUCUUGGAAUGCCUGUGCUGCGGGCAAAAGGUGAAGGUGAAGCUCUUUGUGCUCAGUUGAAUAAUCAAGGCCAUGUAGAUGCUUGCAUCACUUCAGACAGUGACGCUUUCCUCUUUGGGGCUAAGACUGUCAUAAAGGUUCUCCGAUCGAAUUGUAAGGAACCUUUUGAGUGCUACAACAUGGCAGACAUUGAGUCUGGUCUUGGACUAAAGAGGAAACAAAUGGUAGCAAUGGCACUUCUUGUUGGCAGUGACCAUGACUUGCAUGGUGUGCCUGGUUUUGGUCCUGAGACUGCACUUCGGUUUGUGCAGUUAUUUGAUGAAGAUAAUGUUCUAGCUAAAUUAUAUGAAAUUGGUAAAGGGGUCUAUCCAUUUAUAGGAGUUAGUGCGCCCAAUAUUGAUGAUCUCCCAUCACCCUCCACAAAGAGUCUACCGCGUGCGCGAUCACCGCACUGCUCACAUUGUGGUCACCCUGGCAACAAGAAAAAUCAUAUCAAGGAUGGGUGCAACUUUUGCUUGGUUGAUUCAUUAGAGAAUUGUGUGGAGAAGCCAGCUGGAUUCAUAUGUGAAUGUCCUAGUUGUGACAAGGCACGUGAUCUGAAGGUGCAGAGAAGAAAUGAAAACUGGCAAAUCAAGGUCUGUAAAAGGAUAGCUGCUGAGACUAACUUUCCAAAUGAGGAGAUCAUUAACUUGUACUUGAAUGAUGACAAUUUGGAUAAUGAAAAUGGUGUUCCAUUGCUUACAUGGAAUAAACCUGAUAUGGAGAUUUUGGUUGACUUCUUAUCUUUCAAGCAGAACUGGGAGCCAGCGUAUAUUCGUCAGCGGAUGCUUCCUAUGCUAUCAACCAUAUAUUUACGCGAAAUGGCUUCAUCUCAAUCUAAAUCAUUUCUUCUUUAUGAUCAAUAUAAAUUUCAUUCAAUCCAACGGAUUAAGAUAAGAUAUGGUCACCCAUAUUACUUGGUCAAGUGGAAGAGAGUCACUCGUAGUAUGAUAUCCAAUGAUCCACCUAGCAAGCAGACAGAAUUGGAGGGGAAGAAUGAUAAGGUGGAGGUAUUGGAUGGAGAUGAUGAGGUAGUAGAUGAAGAGGAGGAGGAGCCUACAAUGAUUUCCGAAACUACUGAACUGCUAGAUGAGCCAGAUGUUCCACAAGUACUGGAUGAUGAUAAAGAUUGCUUUUUAUUAACUGAUGAAGACAUUGAGCUAGUGAAUGCUGCAUUUCCUGAUGAAGCACAAAGAUUUCAGGAAGAACAGAGGCUGAAAGAAGCAAAGUCAAUAGCACGGAAAUCCAAGCUCAACGUGGCAGGUUUCGAAACACCAAAAGGUCCAAGGCCUAGUGGAGUUCAGCUUAGCAUCAAGGAGUUCUACCGCUCCAAGAAAGGGCUGAGUGGCGACUCAGGGAAGGACGGCUCAAGAAAAUCCUCCGAUGUGGACCUCAGCAAGAACUUGCCCAAGUCUGUCCGACGACGCCUCCUCUUCGACUGACUGACAAUUGGUCUCCCUUCUGUCUUCCCAGUAGUCCUGCUGCUACUGUUGUACAUGUUCCAGUAACAUUUCUUUCGGCCAAUGGAUGUACAUUGCGUGGCCCGGUUUUUGUACAGGGAACAUGCAUGUCUUGUAGCUGAUGAGAAACAGUGUUUUGGGGGUUGAAUCUUGUAUCUGCUGCAACCAUGUAUAUUUCAUGCCAUAUCGCAUCACUGCUUGCGUAGCAUGGAAGAAUUGGACCUGAAAUGAGCUGUACCAGCUACAGUGCUUCCUUUGGACCAACAGUGUCAGCUCUACACAAGGGUCAAUUCUGUCUACGGCGAUGAAAAGUGAAGAGUUCAUCACCAAAAAGGUGAAAAAUGUGGACAGUUUUUUGCAACGAAGAUUUAUGCCCUUCCUCACAA